GAGGCAACAAAGAGUUAAUGCCACCGAGUCUCCAGGCCGCCGAAGCCUAGAAGGGCCCUUCUCGCGUCUCAUCGCGUGGGUAUCGCCGUCUCGUGUCCCCGCCGUAGGAGGCGUCGUGUGUCCACAUCGUUUCUGCGUCGCUUUCGGGCGGCCGGCAGCGGCUCUGGUAACCGGGAGCCCCGCCCGCACCUGGAAUGGAUAAAAGUGGCAGUUUUUGUUUCUUCCCAUGAGGUUGUGUAUCUGGAAUGAGAACCAUGAAAUUAAUCUAGAGUAGAACAUUUCUAAGGACCUGGAAUGGCUUUGGGCAGCACCAGAAAGACCUGGAAGAAAUAUAUGAGGGCACAGAACUAUCGAAGAGUUUUCCAACAGAAGAAAUUUAUGAGAAACAAUUGAUCAGAAACGCCAGUAGAGAAACCGUUUAAAUUUCUUCAAGCAGUGGAAAAGUUGAGUCUUGGUUCAAAUUAAGUAAAAUCUGCACUGAAGAGAAAUCAAAUAAAGUCUCAAAUAUGAAAAGUAUGUUACUUAACACACUGAUGUAAACUUAGGAAAACAAAGGAGAGGUCUUUUAAAUUUUUAACUAUGGUAAAAAUAUUUCUAAAAUUUUGGGCUCAUCUCUAAGAAUUGCCAUGAUUCUGAAACUUGAUAAUAUCCCAAAUAUGGUACAGUUUCAGUGAAAAAUAACACUUGAAAAUACAUCAGAUGUACCCAAGGAAGAAGAUCUGAAAGUGCCACUAAUAAAUAAAUUAUUAACAUACUUACGGAUUACCUUUGCAAACAUGAGACAGUCAGGUUAAAGCUCAGUCUCUGAGAAUGCUACACUGAAUGCAGUAAAAGUUGGAUUUUAUUCAUAUGUACAACAGAACCUACUAACUUCCUUCUUCACUUCAAGAUUCUAUACAACUGUCCCAAAUUCCAGCUCUCCAGACAUCCCAAUGUCAGAGUCCUUAUACCUUGGAGUCUUUAUCCAGGUAUAUGAAUUGUUGCCCAGUGAACACUAUGUGCAGAGCAAUAUAAGCACCAUUUUCUUUUCUGGCAGUGAGGUAAAAACAGGUUGUUUUGGAAAGGGAGAAGCCGCACUCUAGUGUAGAAGUACUCUGUAGUGUAAUGUAGUAUAGUGGAGAAGCCGCAUCUCUGCAACAAAAAAUUACUCUGUCAUUUGAAUCUUUCGCACCUCUUCUCAAGCAUUACUUUUUAUUGACUAUCCCACCUGGGUCUGUUCUUGUGGGCACGUCUCGCUCAGUGCCUCCCCUCUUCAUUUUGUCCCUUUUCCUGUUUUGAGUUAGGGAAAGUAUGCAGGUUAUUCCUGACAGGAAGAGGAAAAGGAGCAGGAGGGUUCUAAAAACUGAUCACCCAUGUCUUGCAGGAGCAACAAAGUCCAGACGGGACUUUGGUAGUGGCAGCUUUCUGAAUACUUAAGACCUUUACCUCUAGAUUAGCGCUUCAGUCAUGAUCUCUUAUCCCUUUUAGCCCAUUACCCUCCCACACUAAUGUCUGUGCUUUCUGCGGCUUUGAGCUAGUUUUGUUUUUUAAUUUUUUUCCAAUUCAGUAAGGCUUUUCCCUUUCUUUUCUCGUGUUGGUUUUUUUGAAGUCGAAUUCAGUAUGAAUAAGAGAGGAAAGUACACAACACUGAAUUUGGAGGAGAAAAUGAAGGUUCUAAGUAGGAUAGAAGCUGGACGAUCUCUUAAAAGUGUAAUGGAUGAAUUUGGGAUCAGUAAGUCAACAUUUUAUGACAUUAAAAAGAAUAAGAAAUUGAUUUUAGACUUUGUACUAAAGCAAGAUAUGCCAUUAGUAGGGGCUGAGAAGAGAAAGAGGACGACGGGAGCCAAAUAUGGUGAUGUAGAUGAUGCGGUCUACAUGUGGUACCAACAGAAACGCUCAGCUGGUGUCCCUGUUAGAGGUGUGGAGCUUCAGGCUGCUGCAGAGAAAUUCGCACAGUGUUUUGGGCGAACAGACUUUAAAGCUAGCACUGGUUGGCUUUUUAGAUUUCGCAAUAGGCAUGCAAUUGGGAACAGAAAAGUGUGUGGAGAACAAAUCCUAAGUUCAGCUUCAGAAAAUGUUGAGCCUUUUCGACAAAAACUGUCCAUGAUAAUCAAAGAGGAGAAACUGCAUCUAGCUCAGCUGUACAGUGGAGAUGAGACUGACCUAUUUUGGAAAUCAAUGCCAGAAAACAGUCAGGCAAGUAGAAAAGAUAUCUGCCUACCAGGGAGGAAAAUAAACAAAGAACGGUUGUCUGCCCUUUUAUGUGCAAAUGCAGAUGGAACUCAUAAGUUAAAGUCAAUCAUUAUCGGAAAAUCAAAGCUGCCCAAAAGUGUGAAAGAGGACACAAGUACAUUACCUGUGAUAUAUAAACCUAGUAAAGAUGUUUGGUUCACCAGAGAAUUGUUUUCAGAAUGGUUCUUUCAAAACUUUGUUCCUGAGGUCAGGCAUUUUCAACUUAAUGUUCUAAGAUUCCAUGAAGAAGAUGUCAGGGCAUUGUUACUUCUGGACAAUUCCCCAGCUCACCCUUCUGCUGAAUCACUGACCAGUGAGGAUGGUCGAAUAAAAUGCAUAUUCUUUCCCCAUAAUACUUCAAACUUGAUUCAACCAAUGAAUCAAGGUGUGAUGUUGAGCUGCAAACGACUUUAUAGAUGGAAGCAACUUGAAGAGAGUCUUGUAAUUUUUGAAGAAAGUGAUGAAGAGCAAGGUAAAGGAGAAAAAGGAGUUUCCAAGAUUAAAAUCUACAAUAUAAAAAGUGCAAUUUUUAAUUGGGCAAAAAGUUGGGAUGAAGUAAAACAAAUAACAAUAGCAAAUGCAUGGGAAAAUCUUCUUUACAAAAAGGAACCUGAAUAUGAUUUUCAAAGCUUAGAAGAUGGGGAUUAUAGAGAAAUUCUUGAAAAAUGUGGAGAGUUGGAAACCAAGCUGGAUGAUGAUAGGGUAUGGUUAAAUGGAGAUGAUGAAGAAAAGGGUUGUCCCCCCAAAACAAAAGGUUGGAUUACAAAGGAAGUUGCUCAGAAAGGAGGAGGAGCUGAGAAGCAGACUCCUGAAUUUAAGUUAUCUGCUGUAAGAGAGAGUUUGGAUUACCUUCUUGACUUUGUUGAUGCCACACCUGAGUUUCAAAGGUUCCAUUUCACACUAAAAGAGAUGCAACAAGAAAUAGUCAAGAAACAGUUCCAGAGUAGAAUCUGUUCUAGAAUUGGUAGCUUUUUGAAAACUAGGCCUCAUAAUAUUAAGGAUUCCUUCAAUAUGCCUUCAACUUCUGGCUCUAGUAAUUAGAUUUUGUGUUUAAAGAUUUCUGCAGCUGUAUGAAAAUAUAUGGUGUAGGCCUGUUGUGAAUUGUCAUUGUUUUUAUCAACUGACUUUAUUUUGCAUAUCAAUGACCAUUUAUAUAUUGGUUAUAAAAUAUAGUUUGAAAAUAAUAAAUUUAUGUUUCUUUAAAUGUA